AUGGCGUCCAGGAGCGCCAUCUUGCCUCUGUUGAGGCGCGAGAUGCGAUCUUCCAUUCGAAUCGCACGAGCUGCCCCCUCCGUCUCUUCCGCCCUCGCUUCUUCAGCUCGCUCAGCUCGUCUCUUCUCGACCUCCGACCGCCGUGUCGUCCGGACAACAUUUACCUCUCCCCAGACCCGUGCCUUUUCCCAGUCAGUAACACGGAGAUUCACCGACGAGAACGGCAAUUUUGAUCCCCGCAAAUUGGACCGCGAGUAUGACGAGGUGGAUGUAUGCAUUGUGGGCGGUGGUCCCGCCGGUCUUGCUGCUGCCAUCAAAUUGAAAAAACUCGCGAACGAAGCUGGCAAUGAGGAUUUCCGCGUUAUCCUAUUGGAGAAGGCCGGUGAGAUUGGUUCUCAUAUUGUGUCCGGCAAUGUUCUCCAGCCGACCGCCAUGAACGAGCUCUUCCCAGACUGGUUGUCCGAAGACAACCCCUCGCGCUUCACAGGCGCAACCCCCGCCAAGGGCGAAAAGAUGCGAUAUCUCACCAAGAACGGAUCAUACCCGCUUCCGGUCCCACCGCAGAUGCACAAUGACGGCAAUUAUAUCCUCAGUUUGAGUGAGUUGACACAGUGGCUAGGCGAGAGAGCAGAGGAAGUGGGCGUGGAGGUCUACCCCGGUUUCGCCGCCAGCGAAAUGGUCUACAAGCCCGACGGGUCCGUGAAGGGUGUGGCCACCAACGACCUGGGUUUGGACCGUGAGGGCAAGGCCAAGGACACCUUUGAACGGGGAAUGGAAUUCCACGCCCGAGUCACAUUGCUGGCAGAGGGUUGCCAUGGAAGUUUGACAAAGCAGGUGAUCAAGAAAUAUGAUCUACGACGGAACAGCGAGAACCAGACAUACGGCCUGGGUAUUAAGGAAAUCUGGGAGAUUCAGCCGGAGAAGUUCCGCUCCGGAGAGAUCAUCCACUCGAUGGGAUACCCGUUGCCCAAGGAUACCUACGGUGGUGCUUGGAUGUACCACUUUGGCGAUAAUAUGGUCAGCAUUGGUCUAGUGGUUGGUUUGGAUUACCCUAACCCGUGGCUGUCACCGUACGGGGAGUUUCAGAAGAUGAAACACCACCCCAUGUUCAAGGACGUUCUCGAAGGCGGCAAGUGCAUCUCAUACGGUGCCCGCGCACUCAAUGAAGGUGGUUUCCAAUCUAUCCCCAAGUGCGCGUUCCCUGGAGGAGCCCUGAUCGGUGAUACCGCUGGAUUUCUGAACGUCCCCAAGAUCAAGGGUACGCACACCGCGAUGAAGUCAGGUAUGCUGGCCGCCGAGGCCGCAUUCUCCGCUCUAAAGGGCGAAGACAAGGGCACAGUCUUCCUGUUCGACUACGAGCAAGCUCUCCGGGAUUCGUCCAUCUGGAAGGAGCUAUACGAAGUACGCAACAUUCGUCCUUCUUUCAACAGCCCCCUUGGCUUCUUCGGUGGACUACUCUACUCCGGACUGGAGGCCUAUAUUUUCAAGGGCCGCGUGCCCUGGACUCUCAGCCACCACGGUACUGAUGCUGAGGCUACCAAGCCCGCCUCGCAAUACAACAAGAUUGAAUACCCUAAGCCCGACGGCGAGAUCAGCUUCGACAUUCUAACUAGCGUCAGCCGCACGGGUACCAACCACGAGGAGGACCAGCCGGUGCACCUUCAGGUGGAGGACUGGGAUAAGCACAAGGAUCUGGCAUGGCCCGUAUACAAGGGUAUCGAGAACCGAUUCUGUCCUGCUGGAGUCUACGAGUACGUCGAGGACCCUAGCAAGGAGCACGGAGUCCGAUUCCAGAUCAACUCGCAAAACUGUAUCCACUGCAAGACAUGCGAUAUUAAGGUUCCCACUCAAGACAUUAAUUGGCAGACCCCUCAGGGUGGGGAGGGACCCAAGUAUAUGAUGACAUAA